CUGCGGACCACGGGCAGCCGGGGCGGGCGGGCGCGCCGGCGGACAGCGGGCCGCGCUGGCGGCUGCGGUGGCCACGAUGAUGGAGAUCCAGAUGGACGAGGGCGGCGGCGUGGUCGUCUACCAGGACGACUACUGCUCGGGCUCGGUGAUGUCGGAGCGGGUGUCGGGCCUGGCGGGCUCCAUCUACCGCGAGUUCGAGCGCCUCAUCCACUGCUACGACGAGGAGGUGGUCAAGGAACUGAUGCCUCUCGUGGUGAACGUUCUCGAGAACCUCGACUCGGUGCUCAGCGAGAACCAGGAGCACGAGGUGGAGCUGGAGCUGCUGCGCGAGGACAACGAGCAGCUGCUCACCCAGUACGAGCGGGAGAAGGCGCUGCGCAAGCAGGCCGAGGAGAAAUUUAUCGAAUUUGAAGAUGCCUUGGAACAAGAGAAGAAAGAGCUGCAAAUCCAGGUGGAACACUAUGAGUUCCAGACCCGCCAGCUGGAACUGAAGGCCAAAAACUAUGCAGAUCAGAUUUCCCGGCUUGAGGAGCGGGAGUCGGAGAUGAAGAAGGAGUACAACGCUCUGCACCAGCGGCACACGGAGAUGAUCCAGACCUACGUGGAGCACAUCGAGAGGUCCAAGAUGCAGCAGGUCGGGGGGAACAGCCAGACGGAGGGCAGCCUGCCAGGGCGGAGUCCUCGCCAGUCUUGGAGGAGAAGCAGGAAGGAGCGCCCCACGUCCCUGAGCGUCUUCCCCCUGGCCGACGGCUCGGUACGUGCGCAGAUGGGGGGCAAGCCCGCGCCUGCAGGGGACCACUGGCGCCUGAGUGACCUCGGCCAGCUGCAGCUCAGCUCUAGCUACCAGUGUCCGCAGGACGAGAUGUCCGAGUCGGGCCAGUCCUCAGCGGCGGCCACGCCCAGCACCACGGGGACCAAGUCCAACACGCCCACGUCCUCUGUGCCCUCGGCCGCGGUCACGCCCCUCAGCGAGGGCCCGCAGCCGCUGGGCGACCACGGCGGCUCCAGGAACAGCAAGCGGGCGCGGGAGAAGCGCAACAGCCGAAACAUGGAGGUGCAGGUCACACAGGAGAUGCGCAACGUCAGCAUAGGCAUGGGCAGCAGUGACGAGUGGUCCGAUGUCCAGGACAUCAUUGACUCCACCCCAGAGCUGGACAUGGGCCGGGAGCCCCGCCUGGACCGCACAGGCAGCAGCCCGACCCAGGGAAUCGUGAACAAGGCUUUUGGCAUCAACACCGACUCCCUGUACCACGAGCUGUCGACGGCAGGCUCUGAGGUCAUCGGAGACGUGGAUGAAGGGGCGGACCUGCUAGGAAUGGGCAAGGAAGUGGGGAAUCUGCUGCUGGAGAACUCGCAGCUUCUAGAAACCAAAAACGCUCUGAACGUGGUGAAAAACGACCUCAUCGCCAAGGUGGACCAGCUGUCGGGGGAGCAGGAGGCGCUGAAGGGGGACUUGGAGGCCGCCAGGCAGGCCAAGCUCAGACUGGAGAACCGCAUCAAAGACCUGGAGGAGGAGCUGAGGAGAGUGAAGUCGGAGGCCAUCACUGCCCACCGUGAGCCCAAAGAAGAGGUGGAGGAUGUAAGCAGCUGUCUCUGUACAGAAUUGGACAAGAUCCCCAUGGCGCAGCGCCGCCGCUUCACGCGGGUGGAGAUGGCCCGCGUGCUCAUGGAGCGCAACCAGUACAAGGAGCGGCUGAUGGAGCUGCAGGAGGCCGUGCGGUGGACUGAGAUGAUCAGAGCAUCCCGCGAGCACCCGUCUGUCCAGGAGAAGAAGAAGUCCACCAUCUGGCAGUUCUUCAGCCGCCUCUUCAGCUCCUCGUCCAGCCCGCCUCCAGCCAAGCGGUCGUACCCCUCUGUGAACAUCCAUUACAAGUCGCCCACCACAGCCGGCUUCAGCCAGCGCCGCAACCACGGCAUGUGCCAGAGCUCGGCGGGCAGCCGGCCCCUGGAGUUCUUCCCAGAUGACGACUGCACGUCGUCCGCGCGGCGGGAGCAGAAGCGCGAGCAGUACCGCCAGGUGCGCGAGCACGUGCGCAACGACGACGGGCGGCUGCAGGCCUGCGGCUGGAGUCUGCCGGCCAAGUACAAGCAGCUGAGUCCUAACGGGGGCCAGGAGGACACCCGCAUGAAGAAUGUGCCGGUACCCGUGUACUGCCGCCCGCUGGUGGAGAAGGACCCGACCAUGAAGCUGUGGUGUGCCGCGGGCGUCAACCUGAGCGGUUGGAAGCUUAGUGAGGACGGCCCUGGGAAUGGAGUCAAGCCCGCGCCGGGCCGCGACCCUCUGACCUGCGACCGGGAAGUAGAAGGAGAGACCAAAAGCAACCACGCGUCCCCCGAGAAGAAGAAGGCCAAGGAGCUCCCCGAGGCGGAUGCCACCUCCAGCCGCGUGUGGAUCCUCACCAGCACGCUGACCACCAGCAAAGUGGUGGUCAUCGACGCCAACCAGCCGGGCACCGUCGUGGACCAGUUCACCGUGUGCAAUGCCCACGUGCUCUGCAUCUCCAGCAUCCCCGCCGCCAGCGACGGCGACUACCCUCCAGGGGAGAUCUUCCUGGACAGCGACGUGAACCCCGAGGACUCAGGCGCGGACGGGGUGCUGGCGGGCAUCACGCUGGUGGGCUGUGCCACGCGCUGCAAUGUACCACGCAGCAACUGCUCCUCCCGGGGGGACACCCCGGUGCUGGACAAGGGCCAGGGGGAGGUGUCGGCUGUCGCCAAUGGGAAGGUCAACCCAGCUCCAUCCACGGAGGAGGCCACAGAGGCCACGGAGGUGCCAGACGCAGGGCCCAGCGAGGCAGAGGCAGCCGCCGUUCGGCCCGGGCCACUCACAGAGCAUGUCUUUACGGACCCAGCCCCCACCCCGCCCCCCAGCGCCCAGCCUGACAGUGAGAACGGGCCGGAGGCCGACAUGAGCAGCGCGCAGCCCGAGCCAGAGCCCAGCGGGGACCCCGCGGGCAGCACCAGCGCUGCGCCCACCAUGUGGCUGGGAGCCCAGAACGGCUGGCUUUAUGUGCACUCGGCCGUGGCCAACUGGAAGAAGUGUCUGCACUCCAUCAAGCUGAAGGACUCGGUGCUGAGCCUGGUGCACGUGAAGGGGCGCGUGCUGGUGGCUCUGGCCGACGGGACACUGGCCAUCUUCCACCGGGGUGAAGACGGCCAGUGGGACCUGAGCAACUACCACCUGAUGGACCUGGGCCACCCGCACCACUCCAUCCGCUGCAUGGCCGUCGUGCACGACCGCGUCUGGUGCGGCUACAAGAACAAGGUGCACGUCAUCCAGCCCAAGACCAUGCAGAUUGAGAAGUCAUUCGAUGCCCACCCACGGCGGGAGAGUCAGGUGCGGCAGCUGGCGUGGAUUGGCGACGGGGUCUGGGUGUCCAUCCGCCUGGACUCCACGCUGCGGCUCUACCAUGCCCACACCCACCAGCACCUACAGGACGUGGACAUCGAGCCCUACGUCAGCAAGAUGCUGGGCACAGGAAAGCUAGGCUUCUCCUUCGUGCGCAUCACAGCCCUGCUUAUCGCGGGCAACCGCCUCUGGGUGGGCACUGGCAACGGAGUCGUCAUCUCCAUCCCCCUGACUGAGACCGUGGUCCUGCACCGAGGCCAGCUCCUGGGGCUGAGAGCCAACAAGACGUCCCCCACGUCGGGAGAGGGGGCCCGCCCCGGCGGCGUCAUCCAUGUGUAUGGGGACGACAGCAGCGACCGGGCAGCCAGCAGCUUCAUCCCCUACUGCUCCAUGGCGCAGGCACAGCUCUGCUUCCACGGCCACCGGGAUGCCGUCAAGUUCUUCGUCUCGGUGCCAGGGAACGUGCUGGCCACCCUGAACGGCAGCGUGCUCGACAGCCCAUCCGAGGGCCCCGGGCCCGCCGCUCCCGCAGAUGCCGAGGCCCAGAAGCUGAAGAACGUGCUGGUGCUGAGCGGCGGGGAGGGCUACAUCGACUUCCGCAUUGGCGACGGCGAGGACGACGAGCCGGAGGAGGGCGUGGGGGAUGUCAGCCAGGUGAAGCCGGUGCUGUCCAAGGCCGAGCGCAGCCACAUCAUCGUGUGGCAGGUGUCCUACACCCCCGAGUGAGCUGCGGCCCUCCACCCUGCCCGCCUGAUGCCGCCCGCACCUGUACAUACGCCCCACCCACCUGCCCACCACCGCCCUGGGGCGGCCAGGCGCCCGUCCACCCCACUUCUGACCUCUCAACCUGCAGCUUUCACCUGAGGCCCGGGGCCUCCCCCCCGCGAGCUGGCAGAGCAGCUGGUCUGGCUGGGGGUGGGGCGGGGAGAGGGCAGCGUUCUGACCAGGGAGGCACAGAGCCUUUUGGAACACCGGCUUCCCAGCAGCUCCUGGCUGGCACCCGGCCCUAAGUCCUCCAGGCCCAGGACACUGCAGGGCCAGAGCGAGGCAGAACCCCAGGGGGGAUCAGGCCAGGGCACACCCCUACAGGCAGCCCUGGCUCCACCCUGGGCCCUCCACUCCCAUCACUCUCUCCCAGGGUCCCCCCGGGGAGCAAGCAGGGACUCAACCCUGCUGAGUCUUCCUACCCUCGGUCCACUUGCCUUUGACUGCUGUCCACGAGAGCGGGGCUCCAACCCUCAGGGAGCUGGCCCAGCCUCUCACCUUCCCUGGGCUCCCCCCACCCCAACCCCUGCCACCCUGGGAACCGGCAUGAAAGCACGUAACCAAGCUCCCUGGGGCAGCUGCUCGAGAAGAGACAGAUAGACACCCUCAUCCAGCUCGAGCCCUGUGAUCAUCCCGUGUGCUAGGCCCUCACUGACCCGUGUCUUCCCCUCACCACUGGCUCAACCUGGGCGAAGACCCACCUUGUAGGAGCAGGCCCCUUGAGUCCCACCCCUCUCGGAAGCCCCUAGGGUGGAAUUUCUCAGGCUGCCAGGGCAGGCCCAGGCCUCAGGAAGAAGGGGGGCGGGGGGGGCCCUGGCCUCUCCUGGGGUUAGUCCUUGGAUGUAGGCUCAGCCUCAGGGUGAUGGGAAGGAGUGCUCCAGGGCCUGCCUCCGGUGCAGUCUCGGAGGAGCCCGCUCCUAAGACACGAUACUAAGUGCCUGGGGCCAGUGGCGCGGCCUGCUCCCGUGAGGGCCCUGAUGACAGGCUGACUCUGCUCAGCAGAGGCCAAGGGCCAAGGAGAGGAGCUGCUAGGCGUCCGUGCCUGCUGCUCCGAGCGGCAUUGCCUUGGACUGCUAUCCCCCCUGCCCAGGCCUCACUUCUCUUCCUCCAGACACUGGGCAGGGUCGCCCAGGCCCUGCUGCCCACCCCCUCCCACAGAGAAGCACAGACCCUGGGCAGCUGCCCCUGAGCCCAGCCGGUACCACUGCAGGCUUCCCCCACGCCCUGCCACUCUCCACUGUGACGUCCGUCAAGUCCCUCUCUGUCCUCAGGGGGCCUGAAGCGACCUGGGGGUGAGCCGGGUGGGUGCAGCCAGGGGAAGGGGCUGGGACGAUUCUCCUCAGGCUUUGGCCCUGCAAGUGACCCUACGUAUCUGCUCUGUAUGUAAUAAAUGUCU